CAUUAAUAAUUUAACCCCCCAAAAAAAAAACCUCUGUUCUUCUUGUUUGUAGCUAGAGAAAGGGAAAAUCGCAAGAGAAACAAUUUGUUUUUGGCUUCUAGAGAGAGAAGAGGAGGAGGAGGGCUGCAGCCUGCUGCUUCGUGGUCCGAAGAUCCUUGUCAGAUCGGGCGCCAAAUCCGCCGCAUUCUCGCUUUGCCGGAGGGAUGGGGAGAGAACUGACAGACGUUGAGAUUGACAAGAAACCCAAGGGUGCAAACUCUCGUUCCUUUGAUAAAGUCCAUGUUGCUCCGAGAGUUCCAGAUGAUCAUCUCGACAAGGAGUAUGAGGUAAAGGAAUGCACCGUGGAGAAUAAUUCAUUUCUCGAGGAGGAGUAUCAUGAGAAGCAAGAGGUUCUUGGAGUAAAGAGCACCAACUUCAAUGAAGGGAACAAUGAGAAAAUUGAAGACCAAAAGUCUGGUAGUGAUCCUAAAAAGUUCAGCACACCGGAUACAAAAUCAGGUGCCAAUGGGAAUACCCGUGGAAAUUUCACCGUUCCUCACCCUUUUGCAUUGGCUACUGAGAAACGCGGGUCUUGCACAACUCGUCAUGCUGGGGCUGAAUCUCCUCCCGGCAUGACAUCACCCCCAGGUGCUAACAACGUGAAUUCUCCUUUUAAGAAUCUGCAGCCAAGCUCCCCGAUGACUUUGAGGAAGCCACUGCAACCCGAUAACAAGAAGCACACUGAUGAUGAAGACAACAUCUCUGUCACUUCCUCUGCUGCCGCAUCUGUCCGAACAGUUAAAUCAGUCAGAUCAAGGGUCACUUUUGGCUCUGCUCCUUCAUUUAGGUCAAAUGAACGUGCAGAGAAGCGAAAGGAGUUCUACAUGAAAUUGGAGGAAAAACAUCGAGCUCUGGAGGAAGAGAAAAGCCAGUGUGAGGCGAGGACAAGGGAGGAGCAAGAGGCUGCGAUCAAACAGCUUAGGAAGAAUAUGUUUGUGAAAGCAAAUCCAGUGCCCAGUUUCUACUACGAGGGGCCUCCGCCAAAGACUGAAGUCAAGAAGCUGCCACUUACUCGGCCGAAAUCCCCGAAACUGGGCCGGAGAAAGAGCUGCAGCGACGCAGUUAAUGCAUCUCCUGAUGGGAAAGGCAAAGCAUGUGCUCGGGCACUUCGCCACAGCCUCGGCAACUUGAAGCAAGAGUCCAACUUCAGCCCUAAGACUAAGAGCCCCAUCGGUGCAAGGAGCAGUGGCAAUGGGACACCUAAACCAAGAGAGCUCCGAUCUAAACGGGACAAAGAGUCACCAAAGUCAGUUGUUCCCUGUAAGAUUUCCGAGGAAACUGAGACGAAUGCCGAGGUCGAGGUCCAAUCAUGAGACUUUCCGAGUCUUAACUGUAAGGUGAGGAAGAAAUGGUGUUGGGAACUUCCGUGUUGCUCCUAGGAUGGUUUUGGGAAGGAAAUGGCGUGUUUUCUUGUCGCCUGCAGAGACUUGUCAUGUCAUCGUGAAAUGUAUAUUGUUUGUUCUUAUUUGACUUGUUACAGCUUAUUAUAUCCGACGAAGAGUUGCCCCCCCAUAUCGUGAGGGACCUAACUUGUGUUUCUGGGACGAUUUAGAGUAGCUUCGAUGUAGUUAUGUUGUACUGCUGCUGCAAGUUUGAUGUCGACAAUGAAUGGGAUGCUAUAGGUUGUAGUAGUUGUUGAAUUUCUUCUUGUUCGGCUGUUAAUGAGCACUAGCUUAUCAUUGUC